AUGACUGCAACUGAAGGUCUUGAGCCGGAGGUUUACGGUAGUCCCUUGCAUGGCAAUGACUUGGUCAAGCAGACUUUGGAGGAGCUCAGGAAGCAGAAGCUCACCUCGAACGAUGCCACGGAAUUCGACCUCAAGCCGGUGGUGGAGCUUUUUACCAGGAUAAACGAGGAGAUGGCCCUCAGCCAGCCCAAGAAUGUAGUCGAGUUUGUAAUAGAUUUUCUCUGUAAGAAUUACCCGAACCACCUCCAUGGCUUCAGCAGCAUUUGGAACUCAGACCCUGAACUUGAGCAGGCCAGGCUCGUCGUCGUCGAGUUUUUCAAGUACAACAAGCUCCCCGUCGAAAUUGCUUCUCACUUCACUCGUGCUGGCUACGACACUCUCGACACCAUUGCUUCUCUGAACCGCGACUCUCUCACUGAGAUUGAGAAGUACUCCAACGCUGAGUGGCUUCCUGGUCACAAGGUUCGUCUUCUCAAGAUGUUUGAGAACAUUGAGCAGCACAUCAUCGAGUUCAAGCGUGACAGGCCCUUUCAGAGCUUACAUAAAUCGGGAUAG